GUCAACAUUAAAGAUGAAGAAGAGGAGGAGAAGAUUGGGACAUCUGUUAUUCAUGGAGACCGUGUUGAGACAUUCUCUACAUCCAGAGAGCAACAGCAGGAAGAUCACAGAGCUAAGAGGUCUCACCUCUGCCCACAUUGUGGGGAGAUUUUCCCAAUUCUAUCAAAACUAGAAAUGCACCUAAAAAUACACACAGGAGAGAGUCUGUAUUCCUGUACUGACUGUGGAAAAAGCUUCAAAACAUCAAGGUCUCUGACAGUUCAUCAGAGAACACACACAGGAAAGACGCCUUACUCCUGCUCCGAAUGUGGAAAAAGUUUCUCUCAACAGAGCAAUUUAAAAACACAUCAACGUAUACAUAAAGGAGAGAAGCCUUACUCCUGCUCUGACUGUGGGGUCAGUUUCUCCGGAUUGGAUACCUUAAAAACACACAAACGUAUACAUACAGGAGAGAAGCCAUAUUCCUGCUCUGACUGUGGGAAGACAUUUUCUCAACUGGUCCAUUUAAAUGCACACCAACGUAUACAUACAGGAGAGAAGCCUUACUUCUGCUCUGACUGUGGAAAGAGUUUCUCUCAACAGAGCAGCUUAAAAUCACACCAGCGUACACAUACAGGAGAGAAGCCGUACUCCUGCUCUUACUGUGGGAAGUGCUUCACAACAUCAUCUGCAAUAAACGUUCAUCAGAGAACACACACAGGAGAGAAGCCUUACUUCUGCUCUGACUGUGGAAGGACUUUUUCCCGAUUGAAUACCUUAAACUGUCACAAGCUAAUACAUACAGGACAGAAGUCUUACUUCUGCUCUGACUGUGGGAAGAAUUUCUCUCUACAGAGCAGCUUAAAAUCACACCAACCUAUACACACAGGAGAGAAGCCUUACUCCUGCUCUGACUGUGGAAAGAGUUUCUCUCGACAGGGCAGCUUAAAAUCACACCAACGGAUACACACAAGAGAGAAGCCUUUUUCAGAAUAAAACUGUACAUUUUGGGUGGAUUGACAAUGGACCCCUGCUUAAAGUAUCCUCCUUUUUAAAUGAAGUCAUACAGAGUUGCCUACAAUGUCAUCCUCCAGAUAAGGCAGAUCUAAUAUUACAGCAAAUGAUAUGGCUCAACUCCAAUGUACUGAUAGAUUAAAAAAAAUACUUUUAUUGUAAAAAAUGUGUAUAAUAUCUAUGAAGGACAUUGUAAACAAGAAAGGUCAAAUGAUGUCACAUAACUAACAACAGCGUAUGGAGGUGUGUACUCAAUACAAGAUUAUAACCAACUCAUUGUGGCUCUGCCACAAAAUUGGAAGAGGCAAUUACUUAAGAAAUUAAACACUUUGUCUAGUUUUCUCCCAUUAAAAAUCAGAAAUGGCUUAAAAUUAUUAAUAUAAAUUGAAAAAUGUAUCAGUUUCACUUAGUCAAAAGGUUUGACAGCAAUAUGGUAUAAAAUGCAAGUAAUUUGGGAACAGGUUUUUGAUGUCCCAAUACCUUGGCAUCGGGUCUAUGAACUGACAUAUACAACUAUUGACACUGCAAUCCCGUUCGCUUCGGUAUAAGCUAUUAUACAAAAUACUUGUUACAGAAAGAAUGCUCAAUAUAUGGGGCAUAGAACAGUCAGCCCAGUGCAGACUCUGCCAUGAGGAAACAGAAUCAAUAGAUCAGUCAGCCCUGUGCAGACUCUGCCAUGAGGAAACAGAAUCAAUAGAACAGUCAGCCCAGUGCAGACUCUGCCAUGAGGAAACAGAAUCAAUAGAACAGUCAGCCCAGUGCAGACUCUGCCAUGAGGAAACAGAAUCAAUAGAACAGUCAGCCCUGUGCAGACUCUGCCAUGAGGAAACAGAAUCAAUAUAACAGUCAGCCCAGUGCAGACUCUGCCACGAGGAAACAGAAUCAAUAGAUCAGUCAGCCCUGUGCAGACUCUGCCAUGAGGAAACAGAAUCAAUAGAACAGUCAGCCCAGUGCAGACUCUGCCAUGAGGAAACAGAAUCAAUAGAUCAGUCAGCCCUGUGCAGACUCUGCCAUGAGGAAACAGAAUCAAUAGAACAGUCAGCCCAGUGCAGACUCUGCCAUGAGGAAACAGAAUCAAUAGAACAGUCAGCCCUGUGCAGACUCUGCCAUGAGGAAACAGAAUCAAUAGAACAGUCAGCCCAGUGCAGACUCUGCCAUGAGGAAACAGAAUCAAUAGAUCAGUCAGCCCUGUGCAGACUCUGCCAUGAGGAAACAGAAUCAAUAGAACAGUCAGCCCAGUGCAGACUCUGCCAUGAGGAAACAGAAUCAAUAGAUCAGUCAGCCCUGUGCAGACUCUGCCAUGAGGAAACAGAAUCAAUAGAACAGUCAGCCCAGUGCAGACUCUGCCACGAGGAAACAGAAUCAAUAGAUCAGUCAGCCCUGUGCAGACUCUGCCAUGAGGA